AUGCCCAACUACCCAGUUAUGUGCUUGUCCUGCAUCCUCCUUCUGGCUUCUCUUGUCUCUUCUAGAGCUUCCCCACAUCCAGUGCAGCCUCCCUGUAUUGACAGGUCUUCAAGAUUAUCUCAUUCUGCACUACAGCUUAUAGCUGAACAGCACACUGUUGGAAGAGUUGAAGCAGAAUCCCAAAUAUAUAUACCAAGUAUUGAAGGCUUCAAUCCUUGUUUUCCUGGCUAUGUCAACACUGUUAUGGUGCCCAAUGUGUCUAUGGCUUUUCAUGGCCUUUCACCCACCUUGUUCAACUCCACUUCCCAGCUAGCUUCACCAAGAUAUGUCCAUUCUUGGACUGGUUUUGGGAUUAGGAUGAAUAGUAUGCUUGUACCCUUGAUCAUGAAUGAUUCUUUCUUGAGCUAUUUCCAUUGCUUUCCUGAUCCACAAAGCAAGAUACUUUUCCCAACAUUUCACCACCCACUCCCACCAUCUGGCCUUUGGCUCAAGUGGGAUAUAAUCAUACAUCAACCCUUGAGUUCCGCUGAUGGCGGCGGUUGGAUCUACGUUUUUCGUGAGGGCUGUUUUGUUUAUAAGGUCGGACGGUCUAACAACGUCGCGCGUCGCGCUCGCGAAUGGAAACGUGCCUGCCGCGCACAUCCUCAAACAUGGCUAGCUGCCUUUUGGACACCAUUUGCUCAUAGAACUGAACGCCUGGUCCAUAUUGCUUUAGAGGCCACCUGUGACUCGCAUCCCCGGAUACGUUGUGCUUGUACGUCUACAGUUCAUCAUCUCAAGUUCACCACCUACCAAGUAGAUUUGGCAGGCCAAAAGAUUCAUGUGGAAAAGUUCAUUUUCAAGGGCCGGAGGGAUGCAGCGGAACAAAUCAUUAUGCCUAUUAUUGUGUCCAUUAUUGCUACUGUUUACCAACCAUAA